UAUUUUCUUCCUUUUAAACCCAAAAACUGUAUCAAACCAAUAUAUAUUUUGUCCAUUAUCAGACCAAUAUAUAAAGAAAGAAUUAAAAAAAAUGGUUAACAAUUUUAAUCACCAAAAAACCUUUAAAAGCUAAUUAGAAAAUUAAGUACAAAGUCCCUACUUGCCAACGGCUAAUUCACCCAACGGCUCCUUUGGACUCUCCGCUGCUUUUGGACCCUCCACGGUCACGCCUUCAUCUUCAUUAAUUAAUUAUCUAAUUAGGAGCUAUAACUACUAACCAAUAAAGUUAAAUGAUCUUUAUUGACCCGUUAAUUAAUCCAUCGAUAAAAUCUUUCAAAAAGUUAAUUUUAAAUUGUCUUAAACGAACAAUUUCUGCAUUUCCCAUAGUAUAAAAAAAAGGAAAACGAGAAGCUUCCUCGAGACCCUCAACAUACUUUGUCUUCGUCCGAAUAUGUCUUCCCCUGUUUUUUACACUCUGUUUUUUAUUCUUUCUUUUUCCCGACACGUUUCCAAGUUUAGAGGAUAAACACUAAACAAUUCAAUGACUCGCAAUUUUCUUUUACUACUCUCUCUCUCUGUAAGAAACCCUUCUAAAAAUAGAUAAAACAAAACACUGUUGCACUUGAAAUUCUGUUUCUUCAUGGUUACCUUGUCCUUCGAGUCUAACACCACUCGUCGUUACUCUGUUUUUAGCUGAAACAAACGAGAAAAUUUAGUGUCUUCAGUAAUCAAAAACCAACUUUUUCUUUUUCUUUCCCUUUGAAGAGAGAAAGGUUUUGAUCAUUUCCUAAGAUCCAAAUCAAAGAUGGGGCUUUGUGUUUGUGAUCGUUGACAAAUAGGUCAAUUGGCUUAAAGAAAAUGGCCUCGUUACGACCUAGCUUCGGAUCCAUCCUUAGAGAUCGCAACCAACGGCACAAUGACGACGUUGUUUUCAAGAAAGCUCAAGUGAAAACUGCUCCUCCUGCGAUCUCCGACGAGAGUUCUCAAAACAGAGUUGAUUCUUUGAUCGGAAACAAGCGGAAAAAGAACAACAAAAGCCGUCUUGGAUCGCCGGAGAAACCACGUACCAGAAAAGUGAACAACUUUUCCGACAGCGAUAAGCAGUUGAAGAGAAACGACAAUGUUGGAGGAGCUUCUUCUCUUGUGCAGAUAUGGGAGGCGAGGCUUAAUCGAUCCAACGGCGGAAACUCGCCGAUCCAUGGCCAAUCUAUAGAGAUCAGCUCAGAAGCGAGCGUUCAAGAAAUCCACAUUUUGGCUCCAUCCAUCGACGGAGAAUCUGAAUCAGAGAACGAAUCGAAGAGUCCUGAUCUGACGGUGGAGAUUGAAUCUGAGACACUCAAUUCGGUUUCUGAUUCCGGUGAGAGCAAAUGUGGCCGAGUCGCUGAUAUUAUCCAUAGAUUGAGUAACGAACAGAAGCUAACCGCCAGCAAUAAUGGUGGUGCCGCCGACAUACCGAUCGUUAAAACGCCCACGCAGGAGAAAAGCAGUUUUCCGGUAGUUACUUGUUCGCCGCGAUUCCGAGGACGGCAAGCUUACUCCGAUCUGCUUGUGCAUUUGGAACGAGAACGUCACCGCGAAUUGGAAUUGCUUCUUGGACGCAACGCAGUUUCUAGGUUUCCUCAACGUGGUCGCCUCCAGUCAAUGUUGCGGCUAAGGAGUCUCAAACGCGGCCUAGCGAUUCAAGAUCGUCAUCGUGGUACCACGAAAGGCGAUUCAAAUCGCUUCCAACCUAGUUCUACAAUUCUUCAUCUAAGCGAAAAAUUCCGGGAAAACGCAGCAAACACUGACGCUGAAGCCAAACAAAAGAAGGGCCAACAAUACACCGUAGAAACAGAGAGCAUGGGGUCAAAAGAAAUGACUUUUACUAUUGAUACGCCUUCCACAGAGCGAUUAAGCCCUCAAAACCGCAACAUAGAGGAAGCAAUCUUACGCAAGAACGAAACAAAAAUGAAUUACCUUCAGCUGAACAAAGCCAUAGUAGCAGAAGUUUUGAAAAGAAAAUCUGAUAACACUAGCCCUAUCACCAGCGUAACUCAUCAAGAACCGCGGAUACUAGGGAAGGAGCAAGCGAACAAAGUAGAAAGCAGUACGCAGAGAACUCAAGAGACACCGUUCCUUGAGACACAAGAAACGUCAUUCCAAAGUGGAUGGGAAGAGCAAGAAGAGUAUGAGGAUGAGCAGUCUUAUUACGGAGACAUGAGCUACGAUUGGUUUACAGAAAUAUCUCGGCCUCGGACUUACUGGGAAGAUCUGAGGAAAUCUCGGUAUCUGGAAGUGAUGAACACUAAAUCUGACAAGGGCGAUAUAUGCAGACUUCUUGAGAGAAGAACGGUUUCGGAUUUCCUCCAAAGCGGAUUACGAGAGAAGAUCGAUAAGCUCAUAAUGGCCCGUGUUCAGAUACAUCCGGCUCACCGUAUUCCACAAGCAUGUAAAGAGGAAGAGAAAUAUGACAUAAGCGAAGAAGAAGAGAAAUGUGACAUAGGCGAAGAAAAAGAUGAAGACAGAGAUGACUUGAGCCAAUCAUCAUCACAAAUAUUUGCACCGUCUCCGGCAGGAUCAUGGAGUUCUCAGGACACAGGAGUUACUUCCACACCAACGCACAAUCUUCAUUCCAAUGAGAUGGAGAUUAUAGGCGAAUUGAGAUCACACAUUUUACAGCUCCAACUAGAAAUGUCUGAGCUACGAGACUCUGUCAAAACGUGUUUGGACGUAAACGCUAGCCUUCAAAAGUCGGUUCAGCGGGAAAACCCCUUGAAACGCAAAUGCUGCGUUUGUAACGAAACGCAAGUUGAAACACUUUUAUACAGGUGCGGGCACAUGUGUACAUGCCUGAGAUGCGCAAACGAACUACAAUAUAAUGGCGGGAAAUGCCCGAUUUGUCAUGCCAAGAUCCUAGACGUUGUUCGCGUUUUCGUCGAUUCAAGAACCUGAAAUUAAUAAUACAAAGGGUUCAAAACGCUAACAAUACUUCACUUUAUCUAUAACACGUUUUCUUUUUUCAGUUCCUCUGUUUGCUUUUAAGUUUGACUGGCGCGUUUGCGUUUUGGAUCUGCGUCCGAGAUUCAUAUCUAUGCUUUUUAUAGGUGAAUCACUAACCAAAUCUAUUUUCUUGACGUUGAAGUUUGCGUCUUGUAAAGAUACUCUACAUAUGCCUCCUUUCACUUUCCUUCCAUCAAAUUGGAAUAGGAUUUGUAGAAUGUACGAGGUUUAGUAUUUACCGUUUAUUCUAUAUGUUUUUGUGUG